ACACCUGUGUGUAAUUAAUUUGACGCUUGGCUAAUUAAUAAAUAGCUAGCUUGUUUUUUUUUUCUUCUUAAAAAUGAGGAAAGAAAUGGCGAAGCGGGUAAAAUAUAUAAUAUUCGUGUGCUUCUUCAAUGUUGUGCUGUUUGUGUUGGACGUUAGCUUGACUGAAAAUAGUUAUGUAGGAACUCGUGAAAGCAGUGGAAUUGAAAUAAAGUGCGGAGAAGUCGAAGUGUCAAUAACCGUAAAUAGAGUGUUUUUUGAGAAGAAACGUGUUCCGUUCAAACCUGAGCAUCUUUGGCUUGGAGCAAAUUCAACCCAGAAGAGGUGUGGAGCGAAGGGACCAGCGGCUGGCUCUGACAUGGUCAUCUCUGCGGGGCUGAAGGACUGUGGCACCGAGUCCCGUGUUCAUGGUGAUUGGCUUGUGUAUUACAACCAGCUGGUGCUGACACCUGCUGCGGUUCCCUCCUCUACAGACAGCUUGAUAGUAAGAAGGGCAACUACUGUCAUACCCAUUGAGUGCCACUAUAGGAGAAAGCAGACAGUGAGUGGAGCACCAUUAACCCCAACCUGGCAACCCAUGACAUCCACUAUUAGUGUCUUUGGCCUUUUACAUUUCUCCCUACGCACCAUGGCAGACGGCUGUACCUCUCUACGUAGUUCCUCAGUUUAUCAGCAGGGGGAAGCAGUGUUUUUGGAGGCGAGCGUAGAGGCCCCACUGCACCCUCCUCUCACUCUUUAUGUGGACUACUGUGUCGCUACGCUGAAGCCGGAUCCCCUCUCAUUGCCAAGCUACAAGUUCAUCACUAAGCAUGGAUGUCUUAUGGACAGUGUUUUACCGGGGUCUUCAUCUAAGUUCAUCCCUAAGCAAGAUACCAGACUAUGUUUCAGUUUCCAAGCCUUCCACUUCAACAAGGAGACUGUGGAACAGAUGUUCAUCAGCUGCCACAUCAGAGCCACUCUGAAGCAAAAGUCCCACAGCCACCGGGAUAAAGCUUGCUUCUUCCAUAGGCCCACAUUCAGCUGGCGUGCCACAGAGGGAGACGAUGCUCGGUGUGGAUGCUGUGACUCUGAUGACUGCAACACUGGCCACACAACUCAGCUAUAUACAGGAGAGAAGCACGAGGCGGACACAGCAGUUGGGCCACUUCUCACCCUGCCGCGCACCCAUUGGACAGGCCGUCUGUCACUCAAUCACUAAAGAGUCUUUAUCAACUUUACACUUAGGUGGGCACAGGGACUGUUGACACCAGAACCAGGGUAGUUGGGGGACAGGGACAAUAAAGAAUCCAUCAGAUGUUCUUUUCCUAAUGACGUCAUAAAAGUUUAAAUUUGGAUGCUCCUCCUUGGUUCUCCUGAUUUAUUUUAUACUUAUGAUCUGAACCCUGGAGGCCUGUUGCAGCAGACUGUACACAUCACACAAGUAAUCCGACACAACUAUCCUGACUACCAGCUGAACACUUCGGCAGAAGAGAUGAGCUGGCCAUAUUGAAAACUGAGUAUUGGACUUCACGAAUGAAAGGAGGAGAGCUAAAGAUGUGUUUAUCAUUUUGGACAGUGUCAUUUGAUACUACAUAAUUAUGUCAACUUUAGCAGUUCCAACUACAACAUCACACUUCCACGUUUUAUGCCAGCACAUUGAGCAAGUGCUGUUAUUGUUUUGCCUAAGGAUCCUCCUAAAUCAAAACUCUGUUAAGCAAACUUUGAGGAAGUUGUACAUGACCCGAGAUUAAACAAACAUAACAGACCAAUUUUAACACUGAUGGUUGAAAUGUUCUACAUCACACUAUAAGGAUUUGUUGAAGUUGCACCGUAGUCUGGAACCUAUAGUUCUUUAGUCGGCUCAAUAUUUAAAUGUUUUGAGCUGAUGAAUGAAAUCCUGUUUAGAAGAGUGUCUCUUCUGAGACGAACCAGAUAUUUUCAUUACGACUGAAGAAUGGGUCGUUUUUCAGUCAGCCUUGUUAAUUGAUAGCCACGAAAAACAAACCCAUGAGGAAUUUCCACAAAGAUGCCAAAGAACUAGAAUGGAACCCAAAAUAUCUUGUAGGCAACAAGCGCACUAGGAUAAACAGACAUUUGAGUAAGAAUGGGACAGCUCGGCAGCCAUACACUGCAUGCGCUUUUCAUCCCCUGCAACAGAGACACUAGUCUAGUCCACUGAUAGGAAAGGUGACAGACCAAAUGGGAAACCUGGAGGAUUUCAUGAGACACUGUCUUGCUUCUUGAUCUGUAUCCUGAUAA